CACAGAUGCUGUCAAUGCCACUGCUCUACAUCCUCCCACUGCUACUCACACCACUGAUCCCUGUGUCCGUCCAAUCCCAAGAUGCAUUGAUUGAUGUCAGCGUCAACUGCAGCCAACUGGCUGUAACGAACUCCUCGGAGGUCACGGUGAAGGCAGACCGUGACAUCAAGAUCACCCUACUGUGUAAGGAUGCCAUCAAAACCUAUUACCUGCUCAAUAACAAUGUCAAAUUGACAAUACCCAUUCAUCGGUUUGCCAAUGAUGAGGUUAUCAACAACUACAGCAGAAGCGAACCUGUCAAUGACAAUCAGAAUAGCACUGACAACGACGGCAAUGAUGACAACAACAGCAACAAGACUAUAGACAACCAACCUGAGUCCAACACUGAUACCUGUGUAUUCCGAAGUGUGUCGAAUGAGGAAAUUUACGGGAUACAAAUGACGGUAUCACGCAUCCAGGGUCAAAACAGCGAUUUGACGAUGAGAAAUUACAUUCUGUCCUGCACACUGAAUGAAUAUGGUGUGGCCAAAUCAAUGGAGAUCCCUGUUACGAAGGACAUGAGUGCUGUGGAAGCCCUGGAGCAGUUCAUGGGGAAAAAGGUGAGCUUGGAUAUUCAACUGAAGUUGUAUGACAUAUUGGACCAGCCCAUUCUUUCACCUGUUCCCAUUCAAAAGAAGGUCCGUCUCAUUGGAAAAUCUAAGAAUAAUGUAACAGGUCUAUUAACUAACAAUUGUGUAGCCAAGUCGGACAAGAAUACACAAUACAGAAUCCUUAAAGCUGGCUGUGGAGAUGGGUUUAUAUUCCACUCAGACGAUGGCUUCACUACAGAUGGUUCGACAAUUACAAGUCCAUUCUUCCGAAUGUUUAAAUUGAUGAAUUCUGAUAGACUCACCUUCCAGUGCACGUUCACCAUCUGCAACGGUCACUGCGAUGGAAACAGCUGCUUGAAGCAACGAUUCAAGCGUGACGCUCCGCAACUCUCUGGAGACCUGUUUAAUGUUGAUGACGAUCCUGACGCCGCUGACAAUGAAACGACUGAAGCUAUGACCUCCACCUAUGACCUGCAGCAAGAGACGUAGCAUAAUGCUACUAAUACAGCUGAUAGUAAAGAUAAUAAUAAUAAUAAU